UGUGACAAAGAGAAGAAUAUGCUUCACGUUACGGAUACGGGUAUUGGCAUGACAAAAGAAGAGUUAGUUAAAAACCUGGGUACCAUUGCCAAGUCUGGUACAAGUGAAUUCUUAAACAAGAUGACUGAAAUGCAGGAUGAUAGCCAGUCAACAUCUGAGUUGAUCGGCCAGUUUGGUGUUGGCUUUUAUUCUGCUUUCUUAGUGGCAGACAGAGUUAUUGUCACAUCGAAACACAACAAUGACACUCAACAUAUUUGGGAGUCAGAUUCAAAUGAAUUCUCUGUGAUUGAUGACCCAAGAGGAAACACUUUAGGACGUGGCACAACCAUAACCCUUGUUUUGAAGGAGGAAGCAUCCGAUUAUCUUGAGCUGGAUACAGUUAAAAAUCUAGUAAAGAAAUACUCACAGUUCAUCAACUUCCCCAUCUACGUGUGGAGCAGCAAGACAGAGACUGUUGAGGAACCCAUUGAAGAGGAGGAAGCAAAGGAGAAAGAAGAAACAGAUGAUGAUGAAGCUGCAGUUGAAGAAGAGGAGGAAGAAAAGAAACCAAAAACAAAGAAGGUUGAAAAGACUGUUUGGGAUUGGGAGCUCAUGAAUGACAUUAAACCAAUCUGGCAGAGACCAUCCAAAGAAGUUGAAGAAGAUGAAUACAAAGCUUUUUACAAAACCUUUUCCAAGGAGCAUGAUGACCCAAUGGCUUACAUCCACUUCACUGCUGAAGGGGAAGUAACUUUCAAAUCCAUCUUGUUUGUUCCUAAUUCUGCUCCACGUGGCCUGUUCGAUGAAUAUGGAUCCAAAAAAAGUGAUUUCAUUAAGCUCUAUGUUCGAAGAGUGUUCAUCACUGAUGACUUCCAUGACAUGAUGCCCAAAUACCUUAACUUUGUUAAGGGUGUUGUGGAUUCUGAUGAUCUUCCUUUGAACGUGUCUCGUGAAACACUUCAGCAGCACAAAUUGUUGAAGGUGAUAAGAAAGAAACUUGUUCGCAAAACUCUUGAUAUGAUCAAGAAAAUUGCAGAAGAAAAGUACAAUGACACAUUCUGGAAAGAGUUUGGUACUAAUGUAAAGCUUGGAGUUAUUGAGGAUCACUCCAAUCGUACACGACUGGCUAAACUUCUUCGCUUCCAGUCUUCUAAUCAUGAAACCAACCUCACGAGCCUUGACCAGUAUGUGGAAAGAAUGAAAGAGAAGCAAGACAAAAUUUAUUUCAUGGCAGGUGCCAGCAGAAAGGAGGCUGAGUCCUCACCGUUUGUUGAACGCCUCCUGAAGAAGGGCUAUGAAGUGAUCUACCUGACUGAGCCUGUAGAUGAAUACUGUAUUCAGGCUCUGCCAGAGUUUGAUGGGAAGAGGUUUCAGAAUGUAGCAAAAGAAGGAGUUAAGUUUGAAGAAAGUGAAAAGUCUAAGGAGAGUCGGGAAGCCUUGGAAAAGGAAUUUGAACCACUCUUGAACUGGAUGAAAGACAAAGCUUUAAAAGACAAGAUUGAAAAAGCUGUGCUGUCUCAACGUUUAACCCAGUCUCCCUGUGCUCUUGUGGCAAGCCAGUAUGGAUGGUCUGGUAACAUGGAAAGAAUCAUGAAGGCUCAAGCUUACCAAACUGGGAAGGAUAUCUCUACAAAUUACUAUGCCAGCCAGAAGAAGACAUUUGAAAUCAAUCCCAGGCAUCCACUGAUCAAGGACAUGCUGCGGCGAGUCAAGGAAAAUGAAGAUGACAAAACUGUUUCAGAUCUUGCAGUGGUGUUGUUUGAAACGGCAACUUUGAGAUCAGGAUACAUGUUACCAGACACUAAGGAAUAUGGAGACAGAAUAGAAAGGAUGCUUCGUUUAAGCUUAAACAUCGACCUGGAUGCAAAGGUGGAGGAAGAACCUGAAGAGCCUGAAGAUGCAGCUGAGGAGGCAGAGCAAGAUGAAGAGGAGGUGGAUGCUGAUGCUGAAGACAGUGAAACACAGAAGGAAUCCACAGAUGUGAAAGAUGAACUGUGAGCUGCACGCAACUACGGUCCUGCGUUGGGGGGUUAGGAGGGAAUGUGAAUUAGAUUGCUUUGGGGUUUUUUUCCACUGUAAAAUGUUACGGGAUGGUAUGGGGUUUAAAGGUAAAGAAGGAUAUUUUUUUUUUUAAGUUCACUUUUCUAAAAACAUUCCUCAUGAAUGUAAAUUUGUAUUAUUUAACUGACUUGGUGUAAAAUCUUGUCAUGUACAAAAUAAAAUGUUCCCGAACACC